AUGAAUCGUUUAGGUAACUUCGCGAUUGUGCUAUUGAAAGUGUGUUCCCGCGAGUCCAAUCACGCGGUAUUGCUGGGACAACGGGGUGAGGUGGAAGAUAGGGGGACGAGUGGGCAAUGGGAUAUUAGUAAUGUAGAAGUAAAAAAUAUUACAGACUCCGCUGAUGUAAAUAUAGAGUUUAUUCAAGCUGAGACUUUAGAUCCAUGCACUUCUCAAAGUAUUCCAUCAAUUAAAAACAGAGACUGGGAGGAAAACUGUAAGGAGAACAUUCCCAACAAUAUAGAAGUCCCAAAUGUAUUUGACUGUUCAACACCAAAGGCUAUGCUGCGAAAACCAGUCUCUAAAGAGUUAUCUGUGUCCUACGACAAAAGGAAAAGUUAUUUUAACCCGUUGGAAACUAGGAAGCGAAUUAUUACAUACACGGAUAAAAAAAUUAAUUUUUUAAAACAAAAAGAAAUAAGAGAGCAUGAUUUAUCAAAAUAUGCUAAAGAAGAGCAUGAAAAACAUAUGCUGCACGAAGAAGAGGCUCACAAAAAAUCCAUGCUGUAUAAAGAGGAAGCACACCAAAAAGCGAUGCAGCAGAUGGAAGAAAGACACAAAAAAUAUAUGGAGCAGCAAGAAGAGUUACAUCAAAUUGAGAUGGAGUGCAAGAAGCAACAUUUAGAAAAUAUGAAAAUUAAAUAG